GUUGCGCAAGUCUGGAAACCCCAAUUGCGCUCUGUUAUUCUGUACAGAUUGCUUUAAUAAACAACAAUAGCAGUCAUCACAUUCGUGUUGUAAUUAUGAGUGAAAGCGUGAACUUUACCGAGGGAGAGUUUUAUGAGGUGCAUUUUGACUCACGUGCAUAUGUUAAGAAUUUCUAUUCUUGCCCUCGCGGUCACUCUGACGAGAAAGAUUUCCUUACUUUCGUUUUGAGAAGCCUUAGCAGAGUUUUCUCAACAGGAGAACAUAAAGGCCAGCUGCUGAUUGAGGUUGGCAGCGGACCAAAUAUCCACAGCGUCUUGAGCGCGUGCGAACAUUAUGACGAGAUUGUCUUGUCUGAUUUCGCCGAUAAUAAUCGAAGAGAAAUCGAAAAAUGGUUGAAAAAUCAAGAAGGCUGUUUAGACUGGACACCUAUUUUACAGCACGUCUGUGAACUGGAUGGGAAAAGCCCGUCUGAUUUGGAGGCUUUACUGAGGCAACGAAUCCAAAAGGUUUUAAAAUGUGAUGUCCGGUUAGAGAAUCCGUUCUAUCCGCACACAUUGGAUGCAGCUGACUGUGUCAUUACAUCCCUGUGCCUGGAAGGAGCAUGUAAAGACAUUCAGGUAUACCGUCACGCUUUACAUGGGCUGAGCAAGCUCCUGCGUCCUGGUGGACUUCUCGUCAUGAUAGGUGUUUUGGGUGAAACCUUCUACAAGGUGAAUGAACAGUCCUUUUCCUGUCUUAAAUUGAGUCAGUGUGAUAUUGAGGAAGCACUCGGAGGUGCAGGCUUCUCCAUCCAUGAGUUUAAUAUACUGCCUCCAGAAGACCCCAAAAGCAACUCUGUGUCUGACUUUGAGGCUGUUUUUCAUCUUGUGGCAAACAAAUCUUCUGAAUUACAGACCAAAUAGAGAAACUAACAAAACGCAACAAAAUCAGCGAAAAUCAUUCCCCGGCAGCCAUUUCUUGAAAAAGUUGGCUGCCAGCAUUUUUUGUGAUUUUCACAAAAGUUUCACAAAAUGCCUUCCAGGAAAUUUUUCUUUUAAGAAUAUAUAAACAUACAAAUAUAUCAAAUGAAAGAACAGACCCUCUGCUUUCAAACAAACGGGUCAUUCUACGGAAAUGUCAAUUUUUCUGUCCCUACAGAAAUAUUACACUUGAAACACCCUUUAGGGUUACAAUUUUUUAUAUUUUAAAAUGAAACUGUUAUUUGAACAAUUACACUUUCUUGAGCCAUCAAUGUAGCAAUAUUUGAUUUGUAUUAAUUAAUUAGAAUUCCAAGCACCAUAGAAGUGCUCUUCCCCACAGUCAUGUACAGAGGGAAAAUGCUUUAUUUUGAGAUCAAGAACAGUCUUUUCUUCCAUUUAAAAUACAAUAAUGUGUCCAUUACUAUCAAAUAUAUGAUGUAAAUUACAUUAAAAGACAAAAUGCUAAAUAAAAUAUAAAGAAAGUAGUGGUCCCCUGGAGUUGUGUCACUGGUGUUACCGUUUAACAAAAAAAAAAUCAAAAUCACACUGAUGACAUCACUUGACUUCCUUCUUUCAAUUUCCUGGAGAUCUAUGAAGAGACGCCCACAUAAGUCCACUGUCUCUUUUCAGUUAUCAGAAAUCUUCUCAUUUAUCUCAUGAUUUCAUAUGAAGCUUUUAGUUACUGGUAUGACCUCCCUUAUUGUUUGGGAAUUGCAAAAAACUAGAAUACAAAUGGAUUAAACUACUUAAUUUAGUGAAUAUACAAUGAUUGUCAACAUGUGGUUUGAUACUUUGCAGCAGAAAUUUAGUAAAAUGCAGUUUUCAUGAAAAUUGUCACUGGUGUUACUGUCACCGGUGUUACCUUCCUUAUGGGUAACAGCAGUGAAGAUCAGUAACACCAGUGACUGGUGAUUUGUUGUGUCACUGGUGUUACUGUGUUUUUUUUCUUUCACAUUAAAUACUGUGACAUAAUGAUAAUUUUUAAUUCAUUGAAUUCUGCUACACAUUAAGCUUUAACACCUUCAUAAACGCCUUUUAAUUUUGCUAAAGAAGUAAGCUAACACCAGUGACAAAAAAGGUCUAUGCAGUCUUGGAGUACAUGCACAAAAAAUAAAAAAAUCAUUAAGCUGUCAUUUAUGUGUACUUAUAAAGUCAAAGAGUAAUCUAAUAAUGUGGUCUAGGUUUAAAUGUUAGAAAAAGAAAUACAUUUUAAGACAUCUUGCCUUGCCAAAAGUGGACGUUUCUGUAGAAUGACUCAAACAUUAAACAAAACGGGGAAAAAACUUUUAAUCCUAUCUAUAUUUUUUUCUAUGCUUAUAAACUCUUAAAAAUGUGUAUUUUUCUUAAAAAAGUAUUUAUAAUUGCUUUUUUGUGAAGGAAUUUUGUUAGAGAUCAGAGAAUGAUUAUCAAAACAUACACAGAGUUUAAAAUUAGUAAAUAACGUUUCGGCUUCAGUUUUUCAUAAAUUGGGUGAGUGAAAACUUGUCAGUGUCAGGGAAAGAGUUAAAUCACAUUAUUAAGUGGCCACUAGAUCAGAUAAGUUUUACUGGAUUGAAAAUGGUUUUAGGUGGUGGCGACAAACUUUUCCAUUCACACAGUUAAAAAGUAGGGUACCCACCCUUAUGAAUUGCAAUCCCAAAGAUCUUUAACUAUUUAAUAUGUAAAAAUGCCACCGGUAAAACCAAAGAAGAUAUCAUAUCAAUAUCAAAAAGUAAAAUAAUACUGUUUAUUUUAACUAACAGUCUAAUUUUUACCAUAUACAAGAAAUAAUUUAGCAGCUAGUUAAAGGGAUAGUUCGUCCAAAAAUUUAAAUUCUGUCAUUUUCUCACUCUCAUGUUUUUACAAACCUGUAUAAAUUUCUUUGUUCUGAUGAACACGAAGGAAGAUAUUUUGAGGAAUGUUUGUAACCAAACCGUUGAUGGGC